AUGUCGCUUACAGACUAUUUUGAAGGGAAUUCACAUCAUGUUCAUCAUGUUUUCUAUAGUAAUCACCUACAAACCUUGGUCAAUCGAGGUAAGAAGGUUGAAAAUAGAACGUUCAUCGAUUUAAAGGUCAUAAGAUGUAGAAGUGGUCGAGGUGGAAAUGGAGCAAUAUCUUUCUUUCGAGAUGCCCGAACCACUCAAGGCCCACCAGAUGGAGGUGAUGGGGGUGAUGGAGGAUCUAUUUAUUUUACAGUUGUUGAUAAAAACUUGAGUUCUUUACAUAGAUUGAAAAGAAAUUAUGAAGCAAAGAAUGGUGUCCCCGGAAGAACCUCUCAGUUAGAUGGUAAAAGAGGUGAUGAUGUGAUAAUUGAAAUCCCAGUGGGAACAACUAUAAAAUGGAUUCCUGAUCCAUUGAAAGGUAGUUAUCCAGUUGGUGAAGGUUGGAAUUUUGUAGAAGGUGAUAGAGAAUCUUAUGAAGAGAAAUUUUACUUUCGAGAUUUAAAUAACAAGGUAAAGAUUUAUGAUCAUGAAAUUAUUCAAGAAGAAUUGCUAUUUGAUAAGUUCCCAUUAUUGGGUCUUGAUCUUAACAAGCCUACUACAAAACCACAGCUUUUAUUAAAAGGUGGGAAAGGUGGAAUGGGAAACAUGCACUUCUUAACCAAAGAUAUUAGAAAUCCUAACUUCAGUAAAAAGGGUCGUGAAGGUUUAACAUCAUUCUUUUUACUUGAAUUGAAAUUGAUUGCCGACUUAGGGCUUGUAGGAUUACCCAAUGCUGGUAAAUCCACUUUAUUAAGAGCUAUUUCUAAAGCAAGACCUCGUAUCGGUCACUGGGAAUUUACUACUUUACAACCCACAGUAGGCACGAUUUUCACUACGAUCGAUAAGGAUCCUUUUACUGUUGCUGAUAUUCCAGGAAUCAUCGAAGGUGCGUCCGAUAAUAAAGGUAUGGGAUUAGACUUUUUGAGACAUAUAGAGAGAAGUGGAGGUUUAGUGUUUGUAGUUUCCUUGGAAGCAGAGGACCCGGUUAAGAGUCUUGAAGUAUUAUUAAAAGAGGUUGGUGAACAGAGAAUGAAAAACAAGAAGAUAUUGAUUGUUGCAACUAAAGCAGAUUUAAGUGAAAACGGGGGAAAUUAUGAAUUGUUGAGGAAAUACACCGAGGACAGAGAUUGGAAAAUAGUCCCUGUAUGUGCUAUGAAGGGUCAGAACAUUGAAACUUGUAUUAAGUUAAUGAGUGAAAUUGCUUAUCUGAGUAAGUAGAAGCAUGAUAAUGAAUUUGUAAAUAGUCUAUAAUUAGAUCAUCGUAAUGUAAAUUGAACAAUCAGAUAAACAUAAAAGCGCAAAAUACUUUGAGACCAGUUUUACGUCAUAGGUAUGAGACUAAAUAGGCACGCCAUAUUUUAAUAGAAAAAGGAAAGGAA